AUGACAAAGUUCUGCAGUGGGAUAUGCUUAUUCUUUGUACUUAUUUGUGUUAUUUGGGCUCCUAUGUUGAUUUAUAGUAGUGGUAACCCUACAAAUAUUGCCAACCCCAUUGUUGAUGUAAGUGUUAAGAUUGAUAUAAAGGCACUUGGUGGGAGAUUAACCUUGUUUAAGACUACUGCUUGUGAAAAAAUACCUUGGAAGUACUUGAAGUCCUAUGAUGAUGUUGAUCCUCUAGAUUACCUUGGUGCAUACAAUGUGGAUGACAUUCAGCUCAUUUGCUGCCAGCCUGAUGCAUCAACAAUGUGCUUCAGUAUAAUUGAUGCUUACCCAAGGUAUUUUCGAGUUACUGGAUCAGGUGAAGUCCGGCGAUUAGAAGCAGUGAUAGAUUCAGUAAGUGGUGAAUUGCUAUUAAAUAAUGGCACUCCUCCUUGGUGGUCAUUCUAUGAUACAAACCCGUCAGAUUUGGCAGGCUGUCAAGGGCUGAAUGGUCCCAUGGCCAUAGUUGUUUCUGAGGAGACACCUCAGGGCAUUAUUGGUGAAACACUCAGUAAAUUUAGCAUAUGGAGUUUAUACAGUACUUUUGUUCUAGCUGUUGCCAGAUUUAUUAGGCUGCAGUGCUCAGACUUGAGAAUGAGAAUACCAUAUGAGAACCUUCCAUCUUGUGACAGGCUACUUGACAUCUGUGAAGGAAUAUAUGCAGCAAGAGCUGAAGGCGAGUUAGAAGUGGAAGAAGUUUUGUAUUGGACAUUGAUAUAUCUUGCAUUGUCUUCAGCUUUUGGUUCAUUUACCCAGGAUUAUGUAAAUUUGUUUGCAUCCACCUUUGUCCUCAAUGAUGCGAAAAUUUAUGUCCUUUGUAAAAUGCCUCCCCCAUUUUUAGGUUGUCCUUGA